ACGUCAUAAUGCCCAGUGUUGCCUAUGACUGGUAACAUGUAGACAGUCGAUAGUUGAUCUUCACUCGGAUGAAAUAUGAGCGAUAUCCAAAAGACCCACUACUCCUUCGGGACAGAUGACUGGCGGGCCGUGUCCACUUACUUCCAAGACUUCGGAUCUUCUCAGAUAUCUUUCUACAAACCACCACCAUUGCGACCCCCUUCACCGGCCCAGGUGCUACCAACCCCGAACCGCAGUGAUGAAAAGGCAAAAUGGCUGUGUUCAAGUAAGAGAGAUUUCCUGAACUAUAUAGGUGAUGUCAACCGGGACACCUACUUAGAGACACUAAAGGAAUAUAAUCAAGUCAAAGAAUUCAGCACAGUAUCUCGACCUGGCGUGUGGAACGCCAACGAGAAGUUACCUCCCCUGAGUCGGUCCACCCUAGAUUACCGUCCACCGAGUAUCGCCACAGGAAGCGCCAGUGCGACCCCUACACUGCUGGCGAAGAUCAAGAGCAAGAACAGACGAAACAGAGCCUAUAGCGAGUCUACCCUACGGACAGAAGCUAUGCACGCUUUCCAAUGGCCGACUAGGAAGAGGAUGAGGCCAGUGCCACUGGUCUGUAGAACAAAACUUCCAGCCGUAAAAUAGAGUUACCUCCCUUCUUUUAGUGUGUGUAAUAUUAAAAUGAGUAAUAAAAUGAAUAAAUAAUCCACACUGAC